AUGGCUGCAUCAUUAGCGACCCAGAAGAAGUGGCUCACGGCUUCCAAUGGAAAACUCAGCAAGGUGGGCAAGAUUUCUGCAGUCCUUCAAAAGGAGAUGGCCUGGGAACUACUGCCGCCUGAGGCCAGACAGCGCCUGUAUGAGCUACUACCCGAGGCACCAGAAGGCAGGCCUCAUAACCCCGAUGUACAUCCUUUCAAGACCAUGUAUCUGGAGCGCAUCAAGACUGAGUCCGAAAAUUGGCAUAAUGACUUGAAAGACGGCAAGGAGACGAAGAAGUGGCGAGAUGAGGCUAUGCAAGCCGGUCGAGACCGAUCGCUAGGUCUAUGGGAUGAUUGGAAGGAGGCGCGUCGGGAGGAGACCUGGGGUGUGCGGCAGGACGAGAACGUGGAGAAGGAAGAUGACAAGCCAGAGACUCUAGACGGUGGAGAGAACAUGGACGCCACUACGAAUUGA